CUCUGGUGAGCAGUGCUCCAAUCCCGGAGAAGGAACAACACAUACUUAUUUGCACAGCUACGUUAUAAAUAGGGGGCUGUGGACGCCGCUGGACGAGCCGUGUUUAUCUUCCUGCCUUCACGCUGACGUCCGCAGGAGAGACAAAAUGCCUGAUCCUGCAAAAUCAGCCCCGGCGCCCAAGAAAGGCUCCAAAAAGGCCGUGACCAAAACCCAGAAGAAAGGAGACAAAAAGCGCCGCAAGACCAGGAAAGAAAGCUAUGCUAUUUACGUGUACAAGGUGCUGAAGCAGGUGCACCCAGACACGGGCAUCUCCUCCAAAGCCAUGGGCAUCAUGAAUUCGUUCGUCAACGACAUCUUCGAGCGCAUCGCCGGCGAGGCCUCCCGCCUGGCUCACUACAACAAGAGAUCCACCAUCACCUCCAGGGAGAUCCAGACCGCCGUCAGGCUGCUGCUGCCCGGGGAGCUGGCCAAGCACGCCGUGUCCGAGGGCACCAAGGCCGUCACCAAGUACACCAGCUCCAAGUAGGAGCGCACAGAGGCUCCACACGAGGGGGACAGCAGUCGCUAAAUGUCCACGAAGACGAUGUUCAGACCCCCACCGCUGUGCUGGGUGACUACCGCAACUAAACUCGUUUGUGAUUUUUGCACCGUUGCUGGAUUUUGAAGAGAAUGAAUCGGAACUGAGGCCUUACAUGGAAUGUAUUGAUGCGCUGCAACUGUAGCCUGCCAUUUUGUUUUUACUAAACGUUUUAUUUCAGAGCAGAUUUUAACUGAUCAUUAAUGCAUUCAGAGAGGAUGUUAUUAAAAGGUGGAAGUGGUUUUUUUUUUUUGGUUUUUUGUUUUUGCUUUGCAUCAUUUUAACCCUUAGAUGCACAAGUGUGUCAAAAUGACCAGGUGAGGUCGUUUUCUUGCAAUAUCUUUGCAAUGAAAAGUUGUUAUAAUUUCAUAUCCUAGCUAUUCCUCGAAAACGUGUUUUUGAUAUCAGUUCAUUUAAAUUUUUAAGUUACCUUUUAUACUUUUAAAGAAACUGUAAUAUAUGUAUGACUGCCCCAAACUCUUUAUCACUGAUAAUAUCAUACAAGAGGUGAUGAAGUCCACAAACUUGGAGGGACGGAGAGCAGCAACAGCUGGAGGAAAAGAGUGGAAAAAUGUCAACAAAAUGGAUGUUGACAUUUGUCUAUUGCUGUUCUGUGUGAUAUUCUUCUUUUUCAGUUAUCACAAUGUUCAAAACCUGUAAUAAAGUGGAAAAAUAAACAUGUUUCAAACAUGAAAUCAUUCUUGUGUGUACAAAAACAUAAUACAAACAAUAAUACAAAUUAUUUUUCUUAACCAAAAUGAUAUAAAAACACACUGAUUCUUCUACAGGUCAUUUUUGUCCCACUUAUAGAAGAGUGUAGGGUCCAAUCAUUCGUGCAUCUAAGGGUUGAUACUGAUUUUUACACAUGCACCUUAGAAAAUGACCAACAAACUUUGCCAAAUGUGAUGGCACAGCUGAAAACCAUUGUGAGAUUAAACUUGUGACUUACUA